GGCUGAGGCUCACACACAGAGAAAAUUUCACCGCAAGCAGAGCACCUUCUAGAUUGCUCCUGGGGCGUGGAGACAGAAGUCUCUGCUAUCCGAAUUAGUGGGAUCCAGAGAAGGAAAUCAUGGUUAUAUAAACAUGGGAAAAGAAGCCCAGCUAAGGCCCAAGGUGAAUGUCUCUUCUUACAUCCACUUUAUGCUGAAUUACAGGAACAAAUUCAAGGAGCAACAGCCAAACACCUACCUCGGCUUUAAAGAGUUUUCUAGAAAGUGUUCAGAAAAAUGGAGAUCCAUCCCAAAGCACGAAAAGGCGAAGUAUGAAGCCCUGGCCAAGCUUGACAAAGCCCGAUACCAGGAAGAAAUGAUGAAUUACAUGGGCAAGAGAAGGAAGAGGAGAAAGCGGGACCCACAGGCGCCUCGGCAGCCCCCAUCAUCCUUCCUGCUCUUCUCUCUGGAUCACUAUGCCCAACUGAAGCAAGACAACCCCGACUGGUCAGUAGUGCAGGUGGCCAAGGCCACAGGGAAGAUGUGGUCCACAACAUCAAAUGUGGACAAGCAGCCGUACGAACAGAAGGCUGCGCUUCUGCGAGCCAAGUACUUCGAGGAGAUGGAGGCCUACCGCAAUCAACUCCAGGGCCGGAAGAGGAACUUCCAGUUGAAAAAAUAAAAUGUUGAACUGCC